AUGGAGCCCCGCGCUGCCGCCGCCCGGGAACUGCUCCUGGCCGCGCUUGAAGACCUAAGCCGGGACCAGCUGAAGCGCUUCCGCCACAAGCUGAGGGACGCGCCGCUGGACGGCCGCAGCAUCCCGUGGGGGCGGCUGGAGUGCGCGGACGCCGUGGACCUCGCGGAGCAGCUGAUGCAUUUCUACGGCCCGGAGCGCGCGCUGGACGUGGCCCGAAAGACCCUGAAGAGGGCGGACGCGCGCGACGUGGCGGCGCGGCUCAAGGAGCAGCUGCUGCAGAGGCUCGGCCCCGGCUCUGCGGCGCUGCUCUCCGUGUCCGAGUACAAGAAGAAAUACCGAGAGCACGUGCUGCGGCAGCACGCCACGGUGAAGGAGAGGGACGCCCGCUCGGUGAGGAUCAACAAGCGCUUCACCAAGCUGCUCAUCGCGCCCGAGAGCGCUGCCCCGGAGCCGCGGGCGCUGGGGCCCGCGGAGGAGCCGGAGCCGGAGCCGGAGCCGGAGCGCGCCCGGCGCUCCGACACCCACACCUUCAACCGCCUGUUCGGCCGCGACGAGGAGGGCCGGAGACCGCUGACCGUGGUGCUGCAGGGCCCGGCGGGCAUCGGCAAGACCAUGGCGGCCAGAAAAAUCCUGUACGACUGGGCAGCGGGCAAGCUGUACCACGGCCAGGUGGACUUCGCAUUCUUCGUGUCUUGCCGCGAGCUGCUGGAGCGACCCGGCGCGUGCAGCCUGGUCGACCUGAUCCUCGAGCAGUGCCCGGACCGCGACGCGCCGGUGCGGCAGAUGCUGGCGCAGUCCGAGCGGUUGCUGUUCAUUCUGGACGGCGUGGACGAACCGCCGGCGCCGGAGCCCGCCGAGGCCGCGCCCUGCACGGACCCCUUCGAGGCCGCGAACGGCGCGCGGGUGCUGGGCGGCCUGCUGACCAAGGCGCUGCUGCCCAGCGCCCGCCUGCUGCUGACGGCGCGCGCCGCCGCCUCCGGGAGGCUGCAGAGCCGCCUGUGCUCGCCGCAGUGCGCCGAGGUGCGCGGCUUCUCCGACAAGGACAAAAAGAAGUACUUCUACAAGUUCUUCCAGGACGAGCGCAGGGCAGAGCGUGCCUACCGCUUCGUGAAGGAGAACGAGACGCUGUUCUCGCUGUGCUUCGUGCCGGCCGUGUGCUGGAUCGUGUGCACCGUGCUGCUCCAGCAGCUGCAGCUCGGCCAGGACCUGUCGCGCACCUCCAAGACCACCACGUCCGUGUACCUGCUGUUCGUCGCCAGCGUCCUGAGCUCGGCGCCCGCCGCCGACCGGCCCCAGCUGCAGGAAGAGCUGCGCAAGCUGUGCCGCCUGGCCCGCGAAGGCGUCCUCGGGGGCAGGGCGCAAUUCUCCGAGAAGGACCUGGAGGGACUGCAGCUUUGCGGCUCCAAAGUCCAGACGCAGUUUCUCAGCAAGAAGGAGAUGCCAGGUGUACUAGAAACCGAGGUCACCUAUCGGUUCAUUGACCAGAGCUUCCAGGAGUUCUUAGCCGCGCUGUCCUACCUGGUGGAGGACGAAGGGGCUCCCUGGGCACCUGCUGGCGGCGUCGGGGCCCUUCUGCAGGCGGACCCGGAGCUGCGUGGCCACCUCACGCUCACCGUGCGCUUCCUCUUUGGACUCCUGAGCGCAGAGCGGAUGGGGGACAUCCAGCGCCACUUUGGAUGCGCGGCUUCAGAGUGUGUGAAGCAGCACGUCCUGAGAUGGGUGCAAGACCAGGGCCAGGGCUGCCCUGGGGCAGCGCCAGUGGGGUCGGAAGAGACCCAAGGGCUCCAGGGCACUGAGGAGUCAGAGGAGGAGGAGGACGAGGAGCUCAGCCACCCGCUGGAGCUGCUGUACUGCCUGUACGAGACGCAAGAGGACGCCUUUGUGCGCCAGGCCCUGCGCAGCCUCCCUGAGCUGGCACUGGAGCAAGUGCACUUCAGCAAAAUGGACCUGGCUGUCCUGAGCUACUGCGUGCGGUGCUGCCCGGCGGGGCAGGCGCUGCAGCUGGUUAACUGCAGGCUGGCUGCCGCACAGAAGAAAAAGAAGGGCCUGGUGAAGCGGCUACAGGGCAGCCUGGGCAGCAGCACCUCUCGAACCACCAUGAGGAAACCCCUGGGCUCCCCACUGCGUCCACUCUGUGAGGCCAUGACCGACCAACAGUGUGGUCUGAACAGCCUGAUGUUGUCCCGCUGCAAGCUCCCCGACUCGGUCUGCAGAGACCUCUCCGAGGCCCUGAGGGAGGCCCCCGCCCUGACAGAGCUGGGUCUCUUCCACAACUGGCUCAGUGAGGCCGGCCUGCGUGUGCUGAGUGAGGGCCUGGCCUGGCCCCAGUGCCGGGUGCAGACACUCAGGGUGCAGCAGCCGGGCCUCCGGGAAGCACUGCAGUAUGUGGUCGGCCUGCUCCAGCAGAGCCCAGCACUGACCACCCUGGACCUCAGUGGCUGCCAGCUGUCAGGGCCCAUGGUGACCUACUUGUGUGCCGUCCUGCAGUACCCAGGAUGCCGCCUGCAAACCCUCAGUCUGACCUCCGUGGAGCUGAGCGAACAGUCACUGCAGGAGCUGCGGGUUGUGGGGACAGCAAAGCCGGGACUGGUCAUCGCACACCCAGCACUGGACGGAGACCCUGAGCCUCACGAAGGGCUCAGCAGUGCCCUCUGAGCCCUGAGGAGAGACUCCGGUCAGCCCUGCGGAGUAGACCUGCCAUUCCAGGGCGAGAGGAUGCUGCUCUCUGCUGUAGGCAAUUCUUUUGAGCCUGAAGGGCCCCAGACAGGCAGGUGGGAGACCCCGACAGACACAGCCCCUUACCUUCUCCUGGACAACCCCCGGGACGUGCCCCUGUCCCCACACCCCGGGGACAGCUUACGUCUCUGUCCUCCCCACCAGGAGGAGGGAUUCUCCUCCCCUAACCCCCACUGCUGUCCCGCCCAUGUUCCUCUCCUGGGACCCUCCAGCCCGCCCACUGCAGACACCCCCCCCAGCAACAAGGGUGAUACUGAGAGCCCCCAGAAACUGAGUACCUACUGUGUGCUGGCCUUUCCCUGGUGAGCUCAGCACAGGAAGACCCACUGCUGAUCCUGUCCCCUUCCACAGUGUGGGCACCCACAGCCCCACUACUCAGCUCCAGCUGCAGGGGAUCAAGCAGGGGCUGACCCUUGACUGAAGGCAGGUAGGCCCCCGUCCCUCCUCAGGAAUUUGGGGCUCAGCAUUAGGAGUGAAGCCAUCCUGAGGCUGUGUGGUCUGAGCCCAGAGGUGUCCGCUCGCUGUCUGAGGACUUCAGAACAGAGACCAGAGGCGAGUGGAUGUGGAGCAGUGGCCCUGCUCUGGAUGACGGCACAGGUGGUGGGCAGCGCCCCCAUGCGCUGACAAUA